AUGAAGAGAAAGUCGGCAGUUAGUGCUCUGCUAGCUACGAGGAAGAAUAAGAAUAUUAAGCUUGAUGAUACCGCUUCUUCUACAGCUUCUCCUUCUGAAGGUAGUGAACCUAGUGAACUAGCUAAUCCAGAUGUGUCUGUUAUUGAACUGGAAGACAAUAGUAAUAUUGAAGAUGAAAAUGGUCUGAAUCAACAGAGCACCGACGUUGCUGUAGAAGCCACAGUAGUUAUUGAUGAGAAUGACGUGAAUGCUGGUAAUGAGGAAGAUGAAGAAAUCGACGACGAAGUAGAAUUCGCUUCUUUUCCUCCUUCUGGACUCUCGUCUAGACAAAGAUCUAAAUCAAUUGAGGCUGCAGUCGAGUUCCCCGAAGAUUUUAUUACUGUUAGCACCUUUAAACAAAAUUCACACAACACCGUUAAACUGACGACCGGUAGUGAAGUUUAUGGAAUGGUCAAGGGUGAGACGUUGGCUUUUAAUGGAGAGUAUCAGCUCACGAUUCAAAAAGGAGCUGUCCGUAUUAUGGGAGCUAUUCUACAUGCCAGCAAAAGAUCUUACCAUAUUUCAUCGCCCUGUAAUGGUACGCAUGCCCUACCAGUAAUUGAGUGUGUUCAAGUUGAGAACCUCGAGCUGGUUGAACAGACAACUACAGACUAUAACGAGCAACUGAUUGAUUCAUACAGAGCGGUUAUUAAAGUUGAAUCGGCUCCUACAGGAUUGCGCAAUGUCGUUAACUUGGCACCUAAUUUCAAGAACCUCUGGGGACUAUCUGAGGGCCCUAAUGAAGACUCUCAAACUGAUCUUGAAGAUGACAAAGAAGAAAUACCAUUAUUUGAAGACGACGAAGUUAAAAGUAUAUCAACUGGUAGUACGACACCAGCAAAACCCAGCUUCCAAAUAAUAUACAGAGCGCCAGCCUCGAUAGCGCUAUUCAAACCAUUCAGAUCAUGGUAUGAUAUGGCUGCUAAGACUGUAGCCCUUGGAUUUGAUAAUGAUCCACCAAAGGUUCUUGUACUAGGACCCAAGUCAUCUGGCAAAAGUUCUUUCUGUCGAUUUCUCACAAACUAUUUCCUCGCUUCAGAAAUAAAUCAAUGCCAUUAUCUUGAAUUGGACCCUGGUCAGCCCGAAUACUGUCCUCCUGGAACAGUUUCUUUACACUCACCAGAGUUUAACUUUAGCCCAUCAUUUUCGCAUUCUAACUUUCGGAACUCCAUCCGUGCCCACACUAUUGGCUCCACAUCACCCAAAGAUCAUCCCAACGUCUACCUGUCUUACUGCCGUGAUCUGUAUAGAACCUACGAAAAGACUCAAGUAAAAAGUCAAUCUCCACUUAUCAUCAAUACUCCUGGUUGGACUCGUGGUCUUGGCGUAGACUUACUUGCUGAUAUCACCUCUAUCGUUCAACCUAAUAUUAUAAUCAGUCUUGGACCCGACGAUUCGCAGACCGAGAUUCGUGCUGUUCUCUCCCGUCGUACUGACAUUCCCGUCACAUCCCUUGAAUCAGUCCUCUCAUACAACUCCAAUGCAUACUUAUCUGCUCCCUCAUCAGCUGCUAAAUACUCAGCCUCUGAACUCCGAGUCCUUCAGACAUUAACCUAUUUCCACUCUGCAUCUUCCCCUAUUCAUUCACUAAAGUUCAACUCAACCCACUUAACCGAAACUGUACCAUAUUCUGUUCCCUACGGUGAAGAAUCAUCUUCAAACCCAUUAGCAAUCCAAGGAAUAGCUAUAACUGCUAGUGAAGGAAUUAAUCCUGAAGAUGUUUCUCUCUGUGUCAAUGGCGCAGUUGUAGCUGUUAUUUCUGUCGACCACGAAACAUCUCCUAUUCCAAUCCAGCGUACCCCCGACGAAUCUCUUCCUUAUAUUGAUCCCAACGAUCUGCAAUCUGUUCUCAUCCCCGACACUUGUAAAUGCCUUGGCUACGCUGUCGUCCAAUCCAUCGAUGUUGCUGACAACACCAUUCGUCUCUUAACACCGAUCCCACCAAGUGUCAUAUCGCAAAACGACCGCCAAAAGCUAGUCCUUCUCCGAGGCAGACUACAACUGCCUCUAUGGGAGCUCUGGAACCCCUCUCUCGACGACGCGUCCUCCCCGGCCCCAUACCUCUCCAAAAGCGGUCCUGGAUCCGCCCCCGGAUCACACCGCUGGCGCGUCCGUCGAAACGUCCUCCGCAGAGGCUACGCAUGA